AUGAUUCCAGUUUUUUUGUCGAUUAUUUUUUUGGUUUCGUUUGUGAAUGGUUGCGAACUUUUCACUAGUCUUGACGAAGUGGUUUUUAUUACUCCUCUGAUGCAUGACCCUGCAAUUCCAUACAAGCCACGUUGGGAUGCAACCUUAUCAUGGGCUAUUAAUGGAAAGGAAAUUAAGCCUCUGAAGCGUUUCACAAUGAAGAUGCCAUGUGUCUACAAGUUCUGUACUGACAAGUCUUAUAUUCCUUUAAUUGCGAAUCACGUUGAAUAUGGACAAUGUUACUUCAAGUCCGGAGAAAUCUUUGACAAAUAUUCAAAGUUGGAGUGUGUUAUUCUGAACAAUGUUAUAAAGACUACCAAUGUUAAGGGUCAAAUUCGUGUUCCAUUGGUUUUCAAUGCUGGUGGUUCUGCUUUGUGCACAGACAGAGAAUGUGCCAAAUUGUUUAAAGGUGGUUCCAAUGUUAUUGAAUUUUCUGGAGGAAAAAAGUUUAGAUACACUGUUAAUUUUACUCCUGGAUUACCCUACAACACUGACAAAGGUGUUUUCCAUAUUCGUGGUGUUCCUUCGAAAAACAAAGUUCAACCUUACUUGGUUGCUGGAAAUUGUCCUCAAGGUUAUUCGGCAGGGUAUUUUGGUUUUGAAAUUAGAGAUAGCAUGACCAAAAUUGAUUGUUGUAGUUAUCAUGCUAAAAAAUCUAAAUAUAACGAAUUCAAUAGUUGGAUGUUUGCCAAGACUGAGCAUCUGAUUUCAAAGAAGGCCUCUUGUGGUAACAAUAGACUUGAAGUUACUUACAAAGAUAUUUGCAAGGAUUACAGACCAUAUCUUGACGCUCUUUUGGUUCCUACUGUUGGCCAUCCUGUGAAAAUAUAUUAUUACAACAGAUGGAUGUGUAAGGGCGAUCCAACAGAACAUCGCAACGAUGGUUACUACGAAUGGACUCCUGAAUCUUGCGAUCCUACAAAUGUAGUAACAACUACUCUUCCAACUGCUACCGUUGUACCUCAUUAA